GAUGGUGCUUGAACUCCACCGUCUAUCAAACCCCAGACAACACUAUUGAGAGCUGUCGUAGUCGGUCGGGCUACCACUUACCUUGGCUCUUCCCGCUACAUGAACGCCUCUGUUUUCCAGCAUUUCUUUGGCGCUCGCUCGAACGACACUUAUUUCUAUAAGUGGAAUCGAGUGAUCGUUAGGUACUGUGACGGAGCCUCGUUUGCCGGCGACGCCGACAAACCCGAUCCCGUCACGAACCUCUACUACAGAGGUGCUAGGAUCUUCCGGGCCGCCGUCAGGGACCUGAUGGCAAGAGGAAUGGAGGAUUCUAGCAACGUUCUUCUCGCCGGGGGGUCGUCUGGCGUGAUGAUUCACUGUGACGGCUUCCGGCGCAUGUUCUCCGCCGGCGUUCGAGUGAAGUGUCUCGCCGACUCUUCGCUCUUCCUUCACGUGAAAGACCCCGUCCGUGCAAAGUUCUUCGACACCGUUUUCGGCACCAUGGUGGGGAUGCAACACCCCGGCGGCGCGUUACCCACCAGGCGGCAAACGAUUGCGGCAUUGCCCCCGGCGAGUGCGAGAAAUGGAUACAUACUCACAUCCAUAUUCCAGCGCAGCUUGGCUUCGGGCAUCGGGUAUAAAGGACCCAUGUUUGCCGACCCGAAAUCCAAGUCUUUCGAGAGCGCGUUUCUGGACUGGUACUUCGACCGGGCGCGGGUGCAUUUGGUCGACCCUGCGGACAAACCCUUUGUUCCUUAAUAAAGCCGGCGGCCAAUUAGUAUGCACUUCAUUGUUGUUAUUAUUAUUAAGUGUGGGCGUGUUGUGUAGUCCUAAUGCAAUUAGUAAGGUAAGGCUGUUUGGUUAAUGUUAAGGCUGUUUGGUUUUAAUGUGUUUUCUGGUAAUUAGUAAGUUAGACGCGCGCUAGCUCUUCAUUGAAUUCAACUCCUUACUACUCACCGUAAGAGCACUGGCAUGAAGCCUCAAGGCUUCAAACCGGGGCUUCAAACUCUCUCUUUCUGCCACGUCAGCUUUAACUUACACCAUAAAUUCACUGGAAAUGG